AUGUACCAGGCUGUUGCAUUCUUGGCAAUGAUCGUGGGAACCCACACCGUCAGUCUGCGGACCCAGGAGGACUGCAGCCACCUGCCCAGCUGCUGCCCCAGCAAAGAUCAAGAACCCCCAGAACAGUGGCUGAGGUGGGGCUCUGCAUCUGUGCCUCCCCCAGAGCCUCUGAGCCAUACUCGCCACACCCACCACCCAGAAUCCUGCAGAGCCAGCAAGGAUGGCCCCCUCAACAGCAGGGCCAUCUCUCCGUGGAGCUAUGAGUUAGACAGGGACUUGAAUCGGGUCCCCCAGGAUCUCUACCACGCUCGAUGCCUGUGCCCACACUGCGUCAGCCUACAGACAGGCUCCCAUGAGGACCUAAUGGGCAACUCAGUACCAGUUUACCACAACCAGACAGUCUUCUACCGGCGGCCAUGCCAUGGCGAGGAAGGUUCCCAUCACCGCUACUGCUUGGAGCAGAGGCUCUACAGAGUCUCCUUGGCUUGUGUGUGUGUGCGGCCCCGUGUAAUGGCUUAG